AGUUAUAGGGUAUCAUAUGAACAGUUCUCAGAGUAAUAUAAAUGUAAAAGGACCUAACAACACGUCAACUGUAGCAGGUGAAGGAAACCAGGAACGUUUUAACACCGGUCCUUAUGCUCGUGGGUUUCCAGGUUUUAUGGGAAAGCCACUAUCCUCGUUACCUCCGCAAGGGAAUCAGUUUGUACAGACAGUGUCCAGAACGGAUAGCAACUUUGCUCAAGGGAAGGACUUUUCGACGUCAGAUAAGUUCAAUGAAAGUGUUGCCGGUAGAGCGUUUACUGCUCCAAAGCAGAGUGGAUUGGGUACGCAAACAAAUACUACAACUGUAGAAAGCAAGCAACACUAUCCAUACGGCAACUCUUUAUACGGAAAACAAGUUUCAUCGCAGCAUAAUUAUCCCGGAGAGCUUCCAACUUCAACGGGUCAAGUUCCAAACAGAGCUCAAGUUGAGAAAGGCAACUUUCCGACGGUAAAACCAGUUCCUCCUACUUCUUCUAUUUGGAACCAAUCUACUAGCAACAGUAACUUUCCAACUGAUGAAAGGUCUACUGUCGGUAAUCUUUAUAACAAACCUCAGUCAAAUUAUUCAACGGUUCCUUCUUCAGCAGCAACAGGCAACAUGGCUGCAACAUCACACUUACCAAGUUCGAUGAGAUAUCCAGAUACAUCAGGAUUGAACCGUCCUCAGUUAUAUGAAAACAAAAAUGUAAACGGAUCCGUCCCUACUAGUCCGCAAGCAGCUUCGCUACCACGACCUGGUCAAGUGAAUAGUUCAACGACCAACUUGGGACAGCAAGGUUCUCAAACUAAACUUAACCCUGCAAUGAUGCCCAGACCUUCGAAUAUUGAAAAGCCAUGUGGUUCCUCAAGAGAUGUUUACAAAACUUUGAAGAGUUCAUCGGAUACUUCUUCAGAUAAUAGUGUUCGAACUCCUCCUAGUUUGGUUCCUUCCUUUAUUGCAGAUUUUAUUAGCGUUGAUACUGGAGUUGCUUCACCGCGUUUCGCAAGAGUCACAUUGUCUUGCUUGCCUACUGAAAAGUCCGUUUUAUCCCAGGUCAACCUACCACUUGCUGCAGUUUUUCAGCCUUUUAGUGUUCCUGUGGAAGGAGAACAAGAGCCGCGACUGGUAGAUUUGGGUUCAUAUGGUCCACUACGUUGUCUGCGUUGUCAAGGGUAUGCUAACCCUGGUUUUCGAUUCACAGAUGGUGGAAGAAAGUUCCGCUGUAACUUAUGUGGAUUUAUUAACGAUGUUCCUUCUGAGCAUUUUGCACAAAUAGACCCUCGCACGGGUAUUAGAAUGGAGGAUAUAAACCGUCGACCUGAGUUUUAUUUUGGUUCUGUCGAAUAUGUAGCCACAAAAGACUACUGUGAUCAAGAACCGGUUCCGGCAACAUUUUUGUUUGUUUUAGAUGUUUCAGCCUCUUCCAUUUAUUCUGGACUACUGGCCGUAGCAUUGGAUUCCAUCAAGAAGAGUCUUGAAGUCAUCCCUGGUGGCGAUAAGGCUCGCGUCAGUAUCAUGACUUUCGAUCGAUAUUUAUAUUUUUAUAGUCCCAAGUUAUCAAGUGGACAUACCUCAGUCUUGACAGUACCUGAUAUUCAUGAACCAUUUUCUCCACUUUGUAGUCAACUGCUCAUAACGUUGACACCAGAGGGCAAAGAACUGCUUCAUAUGAUUUUGUCGUCCAUAGCAACACAGUUUGCCCCAAAAGGAAUUUCAGAAGAUGUCUCUUAUGGUAAGCGUCCUGAUGGAAGUAUUAACUUUGGAACAUAUUCUUCAGAAGCUGCUCUGGCAUCGGCAGUAUCUGCAGCAAAGACUGCUCUUGAGGGGAACGGUGGAGGCAAGAUAGUCUUGAUUUCAGCUAGUUUAUCCAAUGCAGGAUUGGGUAAGUUAGAAGCAAGAGGCGGUGGUGCAAAUUCUGGAGGUGAAGAACGUGAAAAACUGCUAUUGAAACCUGCCAAUCCACUCUAUGAAAAACUCGGUGUCGAAUUGUCAGAGUCUAAAAUUUCCUUAGAUCUGUUUGUUGCACCAACGGGAGCUUAUGUUGACGUUGCAACUAUCGGAAAGCUUGCCUCCAAUUCAGGUGGUCGAGUCUUUCAUUUUCCAUUCUUCCAAACUAAUAAGGAUGGGCGAAAUUUUGAAAAUUGUCUUAUUCGAGCAGUGAAGAGUGUUUGUGCCUUUAACUCUGUCUUGAGGAUUCGUUGUAGUCCAGGAUUGGGUACUGGAGCUCAUUAUGGACAUUUUCAACCACAGCGCUCUUUGGAUAUUGUGAUUCCAGUGAUGGAUUGGAAUUCGACAAUCUCAGUUGAACUUGAAUAUGAUGAUAAACUACCAGAAGUUAAUGAUGGUGCAGUCACUGGAGCACCUUGUAUUCAAUGUGCAGUAUUAUUUACGAACAGUAGUGGAGAACGUCGCAUUCGAGUUCACACUUUGCUUUUAGGCUCAUCUUCGCAGCUUGUUAGCAUAUUUAGAUAUGCCGACUGUGAUGCACUAGUAACUCAUCUCGUGAAGAGGAUGGCAAGAAUGGUCUUGGAAGACCAUAUGCUCAUGUCAAAAGUGAGGGAAUAUCUCACGGAGCGUUGUAUAGAGUCGCUUUAUACGUAUCGAAAAUUUUGUACUGUUUCUGCUUCAAGUGGUCAGUUGAUACUUCCCGAAGCUUUGAAGUUGCUUCCCUUGUUUUCUUUGGGCAUUUUAAAGAGUACUGCAUUUUCUUUGAACUCAAGUAUAUCACCCGAUGAACGAGCUGUUGCAUUGUUUCAUGUUUCAUAUUUAGGAAUGGCAGAAAGUGUUGCCUAUGUAUAUCCUAGAUUGUUUAAUCUUAGUUCUUUACCUGAUGCAGCAGGUAUGCCAUUGGCGUUGCCAAGAAAUCUGCCAAAGGAUUAUAUAGGAGUGGAUGGGAAUGUGAUCAAUGAAGAGCCUGUUGCGUUACCUCCAACAGUUGGCUUAUCAAGCGAAGUGCUUUCUCCAGAUGUUGUUCUCUUAUUGGAAAAUGGCAUCGAACUGUUUGUCUGGAUAGGAGAAAAUAUCAGCCCCGAAAUAUGCAAAGAAAUGUUCGGUGUGGAUCAUAUUCCUAUGAUUGAAGAAUUCUAUGAUAGUCUUCAUUCCACCCAAAAGAUGCCGAAUUCUUUGCGACAGAGAUGUCUUUCUAUUUUUACACGAAUUUUAAGACAAAGACCCUUAAUUGAAAAGAUCCGUAUAUUUGGAGCCAAGGACCAAGGAGUAAAUGCUUUUACUGACAGACUUGUUGAAGAUCGAACAAGUUAUUCGAUGAGUUACGUAGAAUUUCUCUGUUAUGUUCAUCGUGAGAUUCAGAAAAAGUUAGUUUGAACUAUCAUAAAGUCUUACAAAUGGUUCGCCUUUAUACCUUUUCUUGCAGAGUGAAAACUGCUUAUAUAGAGGAGUGUAGGGAAACCAUUUGUUAUUUGAUUAACGUAUGCUAUGGAGAAUUCUGACAUAAUUCUUAUGCAGGUUUCAUCGGGCUAUAAUGCUUGAAGAAGUGCAGAACUAUUCCAUGGCCAAUCAUUUCUAACGAUUCAAUUGGAAGAAAAAGCUGAGAGUAGCAACGAUUGGUCGAAAUGGACUUGGACUGUCCAUUUGCAUCAUCGCAUUCCACGUAAUUGCGAUUGUUCUUUGCCAAAACAUUUUUCCUUGUUGAUAUUGUUUCAAUAAAGCACCUCCAGUGCUC